UUUGCUCGAUGAUUAACUAAAUUCCUGUGUCGCUCCUCGCGCAGGCGUAGAAGUGCCCCGGAGAGGAAGGGAGCUUGUUUCAAUUAGUAUUGAUUCGUUGUCAUCGGGACCGAGAAGCUGACCUUCAGGUCUUUGGGCUUCAGAUCUUCACCAUGGAGUUCCAAGCAGUAGUGAUGGCAGUUGGUGGUGGAUCUCGCAUGAUGGAUCUCACCUCAAGCAUCCCUAAAGCUCUCCUUCCUGUUGGCAAUAAACCCUUGAUAUGGUACCCACUCAAUUUGCUAGAACAAGUUGGUUUUGAAGAGGCCAUUGUGGUUACAACAAAAGACAUUCAAAAAGUGCUAGAUUUGGAGACAAAACUGAAGCUGGAUAUUGUGUGUAUUGCUGAGGAUGCAGAUAUGGGGACUGCAGACUCAUUACGCCAUAUUCACGAGAAGAUAAAGACAGAUGUGUUGGUGCUAAGUUGUGAUCUGAUCACUGAUGUUGCUCUUCAUGAAGUAGUUGACUUAUUCCGAGCUCAUGAUGCCACAGUCUCCAUGCUAAUGAAGAAAGCUUAUGAACCCACAGAGCUUGUACCAGGACAAAAAGGGAAGAAAAAGUUAGUGGAACAGCGCGACUUUAUUGGAGUGGAUGAUUCAGAAAAGCGAUUGCUCUUUAUGGCCAAUGAAGCAGAUUUGGAUGAAGAGAUCAUCAUCAAGAGAUCCAUCCUUCAGAAGCAUUCUAGAAUUCACAUCAGGACAGGGCUAAUGGAUGCGCAUCUGUAUUGCCUGAAGAAAUGUGUAGUAGACUUCCUCGUGGAGAACAGGUCAUUUACAUCCAUCAGAAGUGAGUUGAUUCCUUAUUUGGUUAGGAAGCAGUUUUCCUCUCCUGCAUCAUUGCUACAGGGGGAGAACAUCAAAACGCAAGACCAAAAGAAAAAGGACCAAAACCCAACAGACAUCUAUAGCUUCAUGAAGGAUGAUAGUCUCUUUGAACUGGGUACAGACAAAAUUUGCUGGAACAAUCGUAGAGGAGAUGUGAAAGAGUCAUUCCAUGGAGGGAAAGUACGUUGCUAUGUUCACAUCAUGAAAGAUGGGCUGUGCUACCGAGUAAACACUCUUGGUCUAUAUGUGGAAGCUAACAGACAGGUUCCAAAGAUGCUUUCUUUACUUUGUCCAGAAGACCCUCUGGUUCACAGUAGCGCCCAAAUCGUUGACAAAUGCUUGGUUGGAUCUGAUAGCAUUGUUGGCACAGGUACACAAGUGGGAGAAAAGACUUCAGUUAAACAUUCUGUGAUUGGUACUGCAUGCGUAAUCAAAGACAAAGUGAAAAUUACGAACUGCAUCAUAAUGAACUCUGUUAGAAUAGAAGAAGGGUGCAGUCUGCAGAACUGUGUUAUAUGCCAUCAUGUAGUGAUAGAGAAAGGAGCUGAUCUCAAGGACUGUUUGAUCGGAAACAGCCAGCAUCUAGAAUCCAAAUCUAAACACAUCAAUGAAGUUAUAAUGGGUACUGACCAGCUGAUGGAAAUCUGAAUUUGGCAGAACUCAAGAAUGGUUCCCUGAACUUGCAGCAUGGCUAGAAAGCUGUUUUGCGAGGUUGCUUCCGAGCAUUCUUGACAUCGAUAAUGUCUCCUGCAUCUGAUUCCUAUUGUCACCUAAAUAAAGGAAUGUUUACAGUGA